CGCGUGCGCCCGCCUAGGCGGCGCGAGGUCAGGACAGGAGGAUGUUACUCCGGCUGGUGGGGGCGGCCGGCAGUCGGGCCCCGGCUUGGCCUUUCUCCAAGUUGUGGCGCUGUGGCGGCUGCGCAGGAAGCGGCGGGGCGGUCUGGAACAGCGUGAGGGUCGGUGGCAUUGCUCGGCAGGGGAUAUACUCGCUGCAGGCUCUGCAGGGAAGACUGACGUGGUUCUCCCCAAGGCUGUGUUCAAAACCUCCCAAAGGGUUUGAGAAAUUUUUUAAGAAUAAGAAGAAUGGAAGAAGUACAGAACCAGGAAACUCAGUAGCUCCAAAAAAAGAAACUGUAGAACCGAAGAACACUGGGCCUGGAGGAGAUGGAGGCAAGAGAGGAGGGAAGCGAGAUGGCUUUGCCUGGUGGAAACGGAUGCAGAAGGGGGAGUUUCCGUGGGAUGACAAGGAUUUCCGGAGUCUGGCUGUCCUGGGGGCAGGCGUGGCUGUGGGAUUUUUAUAUUUCUACUUUAGAGAUCCUGGAAAAGAGAUCACCUGGAAGCACUUUGUGCAGUAUUACCUCGCCAGAGGUCUGGUGGAUCGGCUGGAGGUUGUGAACAAGCAAUUUGUGCGUGUUAUUCCUGUUCCUGGGACGACGUCCGAGAAGUUCGUGUGGUUUAACAUUGGCAGUGUUGACACCUUUGAGAGGAACCUCGAGUCUGCUCAGUGGGAGCUGGGGAUUGAGCCCACCAACCAGGCUGCGGUAGUCUACACUACAGAGAGUGAUGGUUCUCUUCUUCGAAGCCUGGUGCCCACCCUGGUCCUGGUUAGCAUCCUCCUCUAUGCUAUGAGGAGGGGUCCAAUGGGGACUGGUCGUGGUGGGCGAGGAGGAGGCCUCUUCAGUGUUGGUGAGACAACAGCCAAGAUCUUAAAAAACAACAUUGAUGUGAGGUUCGCAGAUGUGGCUGGCUGUGAAGAAGCCAAAUUGGAAAUUAUGGAAUUUGUGAAUUUCCUGAAGAACCCAAAGCAAUAUCAGGAUUUAGGAGCCAAAAUCCCAAAGGGAGCAAUGCUUACUGGUCCACCUGGUACUGGCAAAACACUUCUUGCAAAAGCAACUGCUGGGGAGGCCAAUGUGCCAUUCAUCACUGUGAAUGGGUCGGAGUUCCUGGAAAUGUUCGUUGGUGUUGGGCCAGCACGGGUUCGUGACAUGUUUGCAAUGGCCCGGAAAAAUGCUCCUUGUAUUUUAUUCAUUGAUGAGAUUGAUGCAAUUGGCAGGAAGCGAGGCCGUGGUCACCUGGGAGGCCAGAGUGAGCAGGAGAACACUUUGAACCAGAUGCUUGUGGAGAUGGAUGGGUUCAACUCUACCACUAACGUGGUAGUGCUGGCUGGCACCAAUCGCCCUGAUAUCCUUGACCCGGCCCUGACCCGGCCUGGCCGGUUUGACCGCCAGAUCUACAUUGGUCCCCCUGACAUCAAAGGCAGGUCCUCCAUUUUCAAGGUUCACUUGCGUCCACUCAAGCUAGAUGAACGCCUCACCAAAGAUGCUCUUUCGAGGAAACUAGCUGCCCUUACUCCGGGUUUCACUGGUGCUGAUAUUUCCAAUGUGUGCAACGAAGCAGCACUGAUUGCUGCCCGCCAUCUUAGCCCUUCUGUCCAGGAGAAGCACUUUGAGCAAGCCAUCGAGAGGGUCAUUGGAGGCCUUGAGAAGAAGACCCAGGUCCUACAACCCAGUGAAAAGACAACUGUCGCCUACCAUGAGGCAGGGCAUGCAGUGGUGGGCUGGUUCUUGGAACAUGCAGACCCUCUGCUGAAGGUGUCCAUCAUACCUCGGGGCAAGGGGCUUGGCUAUGCUCAGUACCUUCCCCGUGAGCAAUACCUCUACACACGGGAGCAGCUCUUUGACCGCAUGUGUAUGAUGCUAGGGGGCCGGGUGGCUGAGCAGCUGUUCUUUGGCAAGAUCACUACAGGGGCUCAGGAUGACCUAAGGAAAGUGACCCACAGUGCCUAUGCCCAGAUUGUGCAAUUUGGAAUGAGCGAGAAGCUGGGCCAGGUAUCCUUUGACCUCCCCAGACAAGGAGAGACCAUGGUGGAGAAGCCGUACAGUGAAGCCACUGCCCAGCUCAUUGAUGAGGAGGUCCGGCACCUUGUCAGGUCUGCCUAUGAUCGGACCCUGGAACUGCUCACACAGUGCCGGGAGCAGGUCGAGAAGGUGAGCCGGCGACUCCUGGAGAAGGAAGUGCUGGAGAAGGCUGACAUGGUGGAGCUCUUGGGCCCUCGGCCCUUUGCAGAGAAGUCCACCUAUGAGGAAUUUGUAGAGGGCACCGGCAGCCUAGAGGAGGACACAUCCCUUCCUGAGGGGCUGAAAGACUGGAAUCAGGGACGGGAGGAAGGAGGCACUGAGCGGAGCUUACAGGAGAGCCCUGUGUAGCAUUGGCCUAUUCGACCACUGUUGGCUAGGAGCUGCUCAGCCUUUACAGAACAGCUGUCAGAGUAACUGAAAAACAAAUUAAAAUAGGUGACAACUGCAAAGGGAUGUUUUAGAGAAGACUAUUUAGACUCCACAGAAGAGAGAGCUAGGACUUGGCAGCCUCCAUCCAAGGCAAUAGCUAAGGAAUCAAGGUGUGGCCAGAGGCCACGGGCCCUGGACCUAGAGGUCUGUCAGUUCAGGUAGAAAGGGAGUUGGACGCUGGCUUCUAUGAAGCCAUGAGUGUUUUCUUUGGGGAAUUCCAUGUAUAGGGCAUUAGGAGCUACAUCAGCUUCCAGUAGACACAGAACUGAUUCAGUGUCCGAGUGUGCCGCCUUAUAGCUUGCCUCUGACGUAAUUAAUUGCUCAGAGGCUAAGCCUUGAUCCAACACAAUAAAGUCUGGUGAAGAAUUAAUGAAACUGUAAGCCAGUCAUCAGGGGAAGGCUAGAUUCUUAAGCGGAUCAGUGCUUAGGAAAGAAAGCCAGCCCGGCUGCAGGAGAGGCUAAGAUCUCUGGCUAAGGAGAGGGAGUGUGACUGUCCCUGGCCUUGGUGGCCUUAGCUCUGGUGCCUGUUUAUCAACCAUCUUGUAGGACAGCUCUUGAGUAAAGGAAGGGCUUCGUGAGCUCCAAG